GUUGUCUGACUUUUUUAUUUUGUUUAUUUAGUAAUUCUUCAGGCUUAAAUGUGUAAUAAAGGUGGUGAAAGUUCACAAAUUUGGAAAAAUAAAACAAGGUUGCUGGACGUAACUUCUCAAGAUCCUGCAAAAAGUCUACGGAAAAAAUCUAAAAAGGCCAAAUAAACUGCAAAUAAACAAAAAAAACAUUAAUGGCGGGCUUAGAAAAAGAUCCACUGGUGUACGAAAGAUCAGGAACAGUACGAGAAGUCGGUAAUCAUGCUAUCUGGAGUUUGUCUUCCUGUAAACCAGGAUUUGGUAUUGAUCAAUUGAGAGAUGACUGCAUGGAAACAUACUGGCAGUCUGAUGGACAACUUCCACACUUGGUUAACAUACAGUUUCAGAAAAAAACAAUGGUAUCACAUAUUUACAUUUACACUGACUAUAAAUUAGAUGAAAGCUAUACACCAAGCAGAAUAUCAAUAAGAGCUGGCACACAUUUCAAUGAUCUACAAGAAAUUGAAGUGAUUGAAUUAAUAGAACCUAGUGGUUGGGAAAUGAUUCCAAUCAAAGACAUUCAUGACAGACCCAUUAGAACUUAUAUGAUUCAAAUAGCAGUUCUGAGUAAUCAUCAGAAUGGUCGUGAUACACAUAUGAGACAGAUCAAAGUGCAUUCACCAUGUGAACCUACCUCUUUUGAUAUAAAUAAGUUUAGAAAUUUUUCAACUGUUCAAUUCCAACAAUAUGCCACUAUAAGAUAAUAUAAUUUACUUUUGCCUGUUGAAAGAAUGUACUCUUGGUGGGUUGUCAAUAAUCAGACCCUAUUGUAAUUUUAUCACAAAAUCAUUUGUAUCAAUAUUUGUUAUUUAUUUGUUCUCUUAUGAACAAUUAUUAUUCAGAAAUAACUGUUGUAAGGAGAAUAAGCAAAAUUAUAUGAAGCUUGACAGCUUGACCAAUUAGCAGCCAGCAAUGAAGUUUCUAUUUGCUGAUGUACUUUCCUAGUAUAAUUUUUAUUGCUCUCUUUUAAGUAACUUGAAUUUUGGUUUAAAGAUUUUGCAUCAUUUUACUAAGUAUAAAAAUGAAAAUGUUAAAUGAAAUAGUCAAUCUAGCCAUCUUUGACCCACUUUUCCAUAAAAAGUUAAGAAAAUUAUUACAAUAAUACAUUAGACAUAAAUAAAAGCCAAUGUGCAUAGCUUUGGAUGACUUUUUUUUUUGAAAAUAUAAAAAUCUUUACUUAUGAAGUUGCUGUUUACACAACUGCCCAUUCAAAACGUAAUUUAUGUAUAGCUACCAAUAAAUUUUAAAUUCAAA